AUGGGUCAGUCGCAUUCCAAGAGCAACGGGGGUCCCGGUGACUCGUUGCAAUCCUACCCGUCCUUUUCGAAAUCAGACACCAAAGAAUCAAUUCGUUCCUUCCGCGGUUCGAUCCGCUCGAAGAUCCCUGGCGCCCGCGGCUCUGACAGCCCCCGAGGCUCGACUACCGCCCUCUCCCAGACUGAUAGUAUACCAGACAAAUCCGAUGCGGGCUCGACAAAGUCCUUUGGCAGUCGACCGGGCUCCAAUGCCGGCCUACCCCAAUCUCCCGGAUCUGAACUCCCCUCACGGACCGGAUCUCCCGAACCCCCACCUUCACCUUCCCUAUCGUCAAGCCUGAAGCGAGGCCAUAAAGAUGUGAACGCCAUGCAACAGAGUGGCGAGGUGGAUCAUGUGUCGGAGGGACCGCCUCAAGGUGCACCACCCACCACCACUACCGUCGUGGGAGAAUCCAUCUUGAUGAAGCGAGAGAACCAGCUCAACCCAAUUCUGGAUUUCAUUCUCAAUGCUCCAAUUGAGACAUCCGGGUCCCCUGGAAUGGGAAUGGGCGCUUUGAAGUCUAUUGAUCUAGAUGACAUGAUUACACGACUCUUGGAUGCUGGUUAUUCCACCAAAGUCACAAAGACUGUCUGUCUCAAGAAUGCUGAAAUUACUGCUAUUUGCUCGGCCGCUCGGGAACUCUUCCUUUCUCAGCCUGCGCUAGUCGAGUUGGCUGCACCUGUCAAGAUUGUUGGUGACGUCCACGGCCAGUAUACCGAUUUGAUCCGCCUUUUUGAAAUGUGUGGAUUCCCACCGGCGUCCAACUAUCUCUUCCUUGGCGAUUAUGUCGACCGCGGAAAGCAGAGUCUGGAGACUAUUUUGCUUCUUAUGUGCUACAAGCUCAAGUACCCUGAGAAUUUCUUCUUGCUUCGUGGAAACCACGAAUGUGCUAAUGUUACUCGAGUCUAUGGAUUUUAUGACGAGUGUAAGAGACGAUGCAACAUCAAGGUCUGGAAGGGCUUUAUUGAUACAUUUAACUGUCUUCCUAUCGCUGCCAUUGUUGCAGGAAAGAUUUUCUGUGUUCAUGGUGGACUUUCACCUAGUUUGUCGCAUAUGGAUGACAUUCGGGGCAUUGCCCGACCUACCGAUGUUCCCGAUUAUGGGUUGUUGAACGACCUCUUGUGGAGUGACCCCGCAGAUAUGGAAGAAGAUUGGGAACCCAACGAACGUGGUGUGAGUUAUUGCUUCGGCAAGAAAGUUAUCAUGAACUUUUUGCAGCGCCACGACUUUGAUUUGGUGUGUCGUGCGCACAUGGUUGUCGAGGAUGGGUAUGAAUUCUAUCAGGAUAGAAUCUUGGUGACCGUGUUCUCGGCACCUAAUUAUUGUGGCGAGUUUGACAAUUGGGGAGCCAUCAUGUCCGUUUCUGGAGAGCUUCUUUGUAGUUUUGAGUUAUUGAAACCUCUGGAUUCAACUGCCUUGAAGAAUCACAUCAAGAAGGGUCGAAAGGAGAGAAACAGCAUCCUCAGCAGUCCUCCCGCGGCGCCAUCUGCCCAAAGCUUCUAG